GGAUUAUAAAUUCAGCAUGGAUGCCUGCAGAAGGUCCUUUCCAAACUCAGAGGAACACUGAAGCUGAGAAGGAGAGGGCUGGUCACUGCUGAAGCUAUCAUCCAUCAUCAUGGCACCUGGAGCUAAGAAGGUAAGGACGCAUGAGGAAGGCACUGGAAGACCAUCUUAGAUCUGCACUCUGAACUUCUAGCAGCAGUUUGAUCUCGCUUUGCACAAGAAGGAAGUGAUUUUGCACCCUGGAAACGUCCUUAAAGUAAAAAGUAACAAAUUUAUGCGCACUUUGACUCUUUUCCAGGGUAUUUUGGAGCGUCUGGAUGCAGGAGAGAUCGUCAUCGGGGACGGAGGCUUUGUCUUCGCCCUUGAGAAAAGAGGCUACGUCAAGGCUGGACCGUGGACACCUGAGGCUGCCUCCGAGCACCCUGAAGCAGGUAUUUUGCAGCCUGUGGCCUCGUGCGUGACUAAACCAGGACCGAGAGUGAGUCCAAACCUGUGAAUCCAGUUUUGAUGCGAUCUGAUCGUCUUGAGUGUUCUUGUUUCAGUGCGGCAGCUGCACAGGGAGUUCCUGAGAGCUGGCUCCGAUGUCAUGCAGACAUUCACUUUCUACGCUAGCGAUGAUAAGCUGCAGAACAGAGGCAACCAGACGACUCACAGUGUGAGUAGAGCCGGAGUGUGUGUUUGCAAGAGUGUGUGUGAGUGCAGCUGCUCUCAGGCCUCAUCAGCUUGGCAGCACAAUUGGCAUUAAUCCAGAAUCCUGCAGGAAAAAGCAUGGGCAUGAAGGCCUGAAGCUGCCACCUGCAGUGAAAGCCUCUCUGUUUUUGUCUGUUGGACUGCAGGGUCAGAAGAUCAACGAAGACGCCUGUGACCUGGCUAGAGAGGUGGCCAAUGAGGGGCACGCUCUGGUGGCAGGUGGUGUCUCUCAGACCCCCUCUUACCUCAGCUGCAAGAGCGAGGAUGAGGUGAAAGGCAUCUUCAAGAAGCAGCUGGAUGUCUUCAUCAAUAAGAAAGUGGACUUCUUGAUUGCAGAGGUAUGAAAUCAACACUGAACUGUCCUUUUAGGGAGGCAUGAGAUCAAAAAUGGAAUAAAAAAUCCAAAAAGGUUGUACAAAAGCAGGGUUAGAAGUAUGAAAGAUGUCUACUUAUGUUCCUGUAAUCAAGUGGAUUUGCAAAAGAUGUGCAACAGCCAGAUGAUUUGGCAAUAUCUAUACAGCAACAAACGCAUUUAACUGAGCAACUUUGUCCUAUUUCUUGCAAAAAUAUCUCAUUGCACACAAAACCAGCUACUUCGAGCCAAAAAGACCAAAUUUAAGUCUUGUUUGAAGACAUUUUAAGCCAAAAUUGUCUGAAUAAGCUACAUAGAAGAAGUGCUUUAUAUUGAGUUUUAUGAAACUUGCCUACCCUUUUUUGUUUAUUAUUAUUAUUAUUAUUAUUAUUAUUAUUAUUAUUAUUAUUAUUCAAAGCCAUUUUUACUGAGUACAAUCAACUGAAUCUGUUGGCCUUGAAUAAAAAAAACCCUGCACCACAGCUGGCGACAACUUAAAGUUUGAAACAACUAUUUAUUAAAAAGCACAAACUGACAAAAAACAGCAAAAAAUCUUCAAGAUGGAUUUAAAUCAUUUGUGUCUAUAGCACUUAAAAAUAAAAACAAGUUACAAAGUGCUCAACAAUUCGAGAAACACCAAUAAAGAGGAAAAAAUAAAGUGUUAAAUGGCUGUUAGAGAAAGCGAAUAAUCUACAACAGAUGACAAUUGAAGAAGAUCUGACACUUUGAUAAUGACAAUAAAAGGGUUUUAAUUAUUUAAGGAAUAGUGCUGAAUCAGAAUCACUCUUCAUAUUAAUGGUCUGAAUAAAACUACACUUAUUGGCGUCAGAAAAUUGACUUCAUAUAAGCUGAGGGAAAUAUUUACAUCCCUCCGAAGGUUUAAAGUGAGUUCUUUAAGAGAGAGUUAUAUUUAAUUUUAAAGACAGUACUUACCUUUUUACCUGCUGAGAUAAACAGACCAGUAGUUUUACUUAGAUUUCAGCCAAACGUCAUUAAAGUAAAUGCUCGAUUACUUGGGUGGAAUAAUUUGGUUGCUCAAAAGUGAAGCAACAAGUUUAAAAGAUUCUGCCCAGAGUCUCUUAGUUUGGGUAAAACAUAAAAAUCCAUUUUUUAAUAGUGCAACUAGAUACUCAGAAACUUUGAAAUGUGGGCCGUAGUUUUCUCUUUUUAAGACUUUUUAAAUGUCUCUAACGUGUAACCGACUAUGACUGAACGUACCUCUGAGUUGUUAUGAGUUUAACACCCACUUUGUGUCCUAUCUGAAGGACUGUAACACAAGCUCAAACUCUGCAGGGAACAGUGGGUGAUAAAAUCCCAGCUUCAGUGUUUAAAACGGUCUACAUAACUUCAUGGAGCAUCCUGCAGGAGAAAACACUUGACUGUGUCAGUCUGGUCAGUCAGAGUGAAAAAAAUGUGAUGCUUUUAACAGAGUUUGUCACUCAUUAAAUGUAAACAAAGUCCUCUUUGGUAGCUCAGGUAUGUUCAGAUGCUGAAAAUACUCAACCCUAAUGCUGAUCAGACCCUGUUUGGUGUUGAUUGGCAGCACCUGGUUUCCAAGUUUGACUUUCAGAGCUGAAAUGUCUCUUUUUGGCCACUAGGGGGCAGCAGAAACAAGCUAAACAGACUUUUCACUGGAAGAGGUUAAGUGUUAAGCAAACGCAGUUAAAAAUAAACCAGUUUUUAUUUGUUUGUGCCAGGUUAGGAUGGAGUUGGGAGUGAAUAUUUCCUGAAGUGCUAAAUCUAGACUGAGAAGAAACUUUGCAUUUCCAAACACACUGCUUUUCAAAAGUUAUAAAACUUUGAUUUUCACAUCACUGAACACCACAUGAGAUUCAUCCUCGGGCUUUUUGAAGUCCUUUUUAUACCUGUUGACAUGGACUUAUGCAAAAAGUAUUAAAUGUUGAGUGAACUUUAGUGAUUCUUGCAACAAUAUUCAGGUUUUAAUCAUGAUUCAGGGCUAAUUUAAAGCUGUAGUUUGACACCAGUUACUUAAGGUACAGUAUGCAGAAAUGGGAAUAUUUAACAAUAUCUAACAGGCGGAUUAGGUUUAAGUGCUCCUUUGCUCACCCCUUCAACCAUGAAGCCUUUGAAGACAAGAGGCUGCUGAUGUGCAAGAUGCUGAGCUCACUCUUAACCUCGAUCUAAAUUGCUAAUUUUAAACAGAACAACAAAGAUUUUAUAUUUUUGUGAUAAUGCAUCGAAUCAAACGCACUUAAAUAUUAGUUCCCUUUUCAACUGAAUCUGUCCUGCUUAAUACAACACACUGUACCUUCAGGGAGAUUAAUGCCUGCUUUUACAGUGCUCCACUGUGUUAUCAGUUGCCUGCUGAACAGGUAUGACAAGGUGGGUUAAAGCUUACUGAAAACAAGAGAGUGAAGUUGAGCGUAACAAAAAAUGUUCAUGUACAGACACUUCAGGCUUUCUGGAAGAAAAAAAGCAGCUUUGAAGUUUCAAUAACAACAAAUAGAGCUACAGCCUGAGUAUAAUUUACCUCAUUAUAAACCGCCAACAGAUUAUUGUCCGAAUAAUACGUGCAGAUUAUUGACACAGAUAAGACUGAUAUUCUUAUUUAUAUGAUUUAUGUUUUUGUGUGUCCCUGCAGUACUUUGAGCAUGUGGAAGAGGCUGAGUGGGCAGUCCAGGUCCUGAAGACCACCGGGAUGCCUGUGGCUGCCACUCUGUGCAUCGGACCUGAAGGAGACCUGAACGGGGUCAGCCCUGGAGAGUGUGCCGUCAGACUCGUCAAGGCCGGUAUGAAUAUGUUUUUAUUGUGGAUCUGAAGUUUGGUAGAGAUCAAAGAGUAUCACCAUAUUCACCUGAAAAAGUUAAAGCACAGGGUGGUUAAUUUCCCUGCAGUCCCUAAAGCCAACACUAGCUUCUCUAUGCUAAAAGAAAGUCAAAGGUCAGAUCCAACGUCACUGACAGACAUGACUGCUGCAGUUUAAGCUCGCAGUCAAACAUCCUCCUCAGAUUACCGUAGACUCAUGACCCCGGUUUAAACAUUGAGGUCUGACUCUGCAAAAUAAAAAGCUGUUGAAGCAGAAUUUCUAAUUUCCAGAGAACUUUUGGCAGGAAUUCAGUGACACACAGCAGACGUCUGUCCAAACUCCACACAGUUCUUGGUCGUCAAUGUUGACUUGGCCUCAAAACUGCUGUUGGAAUAAGAUGAAGCAACUCUUCAUUAAUGGCAACAAAACUGACCAUUAAACUUAACAUGCAUUAUUGUUGAAUGAAACUCCUUAUGUUUCUAGAUGUGCAUAAAAAAGGACGCCAACUGUGUGACACUGACAGAAUUUAUGAACCUGCAACAGUUAAGUUUUCAUGCACAUUCAGUGCAAAAUAAAAUUUAAAAAGCAUGCAAUUAGAUGCAGAAUAAGUUCAUAAUCAAGAGUGCAAAUGAGUCAAUCUGUGUGAUUUUUAACUGUGCAUAUGAAAUGACAGUUUUUGGGAAUGAAGGGCCUGAAGUUGGAGUUAAAGUUAAAGUAAAUCACAGCAGGGUGUGUUUUUGCUUAAAUAAACCAAAACUGUCUUCAAUUUGAUGCUUCUGCAGUUGAGCAUUGCAUUUGUGAUGAAGAUUUGCAAUUUGUAAGAAACUCUGGUGCAGAGAAUGCUUAAAAAUGGCACAUCUUGCAUAUCCAUGGUGCAUUUUAACACAAUCUCGUGCGUCCACCCAAUUUGUAAAGCAAACCUUCUAUUUCUUUCAAUACCUCCUUUUUUCAGCCAAAGUGAACCUUGUGGAAUGUGGAGCUGGUCUGUCUCUCCAAAUCUCUACAUGUAGGGUUGAAACUAUGGCUCUAGUGCCCCCUAGUGGAAAGUUAAGUCACUGCAGCAGACAACUCAAAGCUGAGUGAAACUCUUUAUCUAGGUUUGAAGGAUCAGAUUCAGCUGCAGACUUUGACUGACUCCUUAGUCCUGCAAAGAAAGGAUGUUUGUGUAACCAUGGUUACAUGUCACUCAAAUAAUAGGCUGUUUUUAGAUUAAUGAACUUUUAGCAUAGUCUCAAACCUCCCUCUAGCAUUAGAAAUACUCUUAACCUUCUAUUUUAUCACUUUCAUAUUUGUUUGAAUGUUAAUUUCAAUCCGGUUUGCAUAAUCUACUUGGUAUUUCUUAAUGUGGCUGAUCCUUGAUGUUAAUCUGUAAACACAGAUAUAAACCACUGUAAGAGCUAUUGCUGGUUUUUGAUAAAACAGAAGAUGUUGCAUGCACAUUACCACAAGAUCCAGGACCCUUUUUUUAAAAUGGUUUGUUUGAGUCACAGGUAGCCCUGGGGCUAAAGAAACACCCUGAGUCUUAGUAAAUAAUACUAGAUAUUAUAAUAGUACUGUUAAAGCUCCGGUGAGGAGUUUUUUGGACUUCAGUGGAAAAAGACGGAAAAUUUCAGCAAAGGUUAUUUAUGUUAUCGAACAGCAAUAUUACUGAGGAUUUUAACUUGGUGAUUUUUAACCUGAAUACAGUGUAAAUUGGCAAGUUCCUCACAGGAACUGUUAGAGCCAUUUGCUAUAUUUUCUUAGGGUUUCUGUUUUCAGACAUAUUUCAGUUGUAAUUGUCCUGGUGCCACACCAGGGGGCCUGUUCUACAAAGCAAGUUCGACCUCGCGAGGUAGCCAGCAGUCUCGCUAAACGGUCUUACGACGCUGGUUAUCAACCUCCUAAGUGGAUCCAGCUUUGCUAAGAGCGUGUGCAUGCAUGUAAGGCGGAGCCCGACGCAUCUGGCCAAUCGCGAACAUGGACCGGUCCUGAGCGUCACAGCAGGCCGGAGAGCGAAGGACCGCGUACUUUACAAAUGAGGAGCAGGAGACGAUCAUGAGAAAGUAUGAAGAAUUCAAACCAACACCGUCGCCGCUUCAAAAGCACGAAAACGUGACAUGGACGAACUGUUCCAUUUACACGUGGGAAACAAGUGGACACGGAAGAUGCGUCAACUGUAUACCUGGCUAUUGUACACCUCAGUGGCUUAUGGGAUAAUUUCAGCAGGCAAAAUGAAGUCACUACAGGAGCUUUGAAUGAGAAAAUUUGGUUUAGACUAGCAUCACUAAUGCAUCCAUUCAGGUUGAGUGGAGACAUAAGAUUCAUUAGCCACUUUUUCUUUGUUUUUAACCAAUUUAAAAACACUUUUUUUCAUUCCCAGGAGCUCAGAUCGUCGGUGUUAACUGCCACUUUGACCCUGAGCACUGUGUGAAGACUGUGAAGCUGAUGAAGGAGGGGGUGGAGAAAGCCGGACUGAAGGCUCACUACAUGACCCAGCCUCUGGCUUACCACACUCCUGACUGUGGCUGCCAGGGCUUCAUCGACCUGCCUGAGUUCCCCUUCGGUACGUGGGCACACUCAAAACUCCUGCUUUUGUUUUUUUAACACAUUAAACGGUGAUACCUGAUGCAUGUGUGACAUGGUGUCCUCCUGCAGGUCUGGAGCCCAGGAUCCUGACUAGAUGGGACAUGCAGAAAUAUGCCCGUGAGGCUUACAACGCAGGCAUCCGUUACAUCGGCGGCUGCUGUGGAUUUGAGCCCUAUCACAUCCGCGCUCUGUCCGAGGAGCUGGCAACCGAGAGGGGCUUCCUGCCUCCUGGAUCUGACAAGCACGGCCUGUGGGGAAGCGGUCUGGAGAUGCACACAAAGCCUUGGGUCAGAGCCAGGUAGAGGUUUUCACAUCUCUUUAUCAUAAUCAAACUAGAUGUACCUCCACUUUGGUUAGAAAACCUAACUCUUCUCCUCCGUAGGGCUCGUCGUGAUUACUGGGAGAAGCUGAGACCUGCAUCCGGCCGCCCUUACUGCGCCUCCCAGUCCUUCCCUGAUAACUGGGGUGUCACCAAGGGCCAUGCUGACCUGAUGCAGCAGAAGGAGGCCACCUCCAAGGAGCAGAUGAAGGCUGUGUUUGAAAAGGCCGACAAGUGCGACAAAGCCCACUGAGCCUUCCUCUGAUCAGGAGGAGAUUCUGCAGGGUGACGUUCUCAACACUCCCCUCAAGUUUACAUACCAAAAAGAAGAAGGAAAAAUCAAAAUGCUGAAGUUCUAUCCUCUUUCUCUGACCAUUUCAUUCUGUCUGCAUACCGACGCUUCAUGCUAGCUUUAGGCAAAGAUAACUGUCUGCUUUAAUUUAGAUGAUCAUAAACAUUAGAAGUCACUGUGACUCAAAGAGCAGCUGUGAAUGCACACAGAUAAUGCCUCUACACUCCAAAAAAAGGGCCUGAUGUUGUCUGGCUGAAGGAAAGUGAUGUGAAACAAUAAAAGGAAACUAAAACAAAGAG